AUGUCCUUGUUACCAGUGGACACCCUGAGUCUGCACAGACUGACUCGGAUGCACUACCUCUCCCUCCGCAGCGCGUCUCAAUCUCAGGUCACGUACGUCUACAUCAACAAACACGGGCACUCUGUCAAGUCCAAGACCAGGACUCUGGACUCGGAACCCAAGACCAUCAAAGCUGCAGAGGACCCUGGUCUUGUCCCAGCUGCAGAGGACCCUGGUCUUGUCCCAGCUGCAGAGGACCCUGGUCUUGUCCCAGCUGCAGAGGACCCUGGUCUUGUCCCAGCUGCGGAGGACCCUGGUCUUGUCCCAGCUGCAGAGGACCCUGGUCUUGUCCCAGCUGCAGAGGACCCUGGUCUUGUCCCAGCUGCAGAGGACCCUGGUCUUGUCCCAGCUGCAGAGGACCCUGGUCUUGUCCCAGCUGCAGAGGACCCUGGUCUUGUCCAGCGCAAGGACCCUGGCUUGUCCCAGCUGCAGAGGACCCUGGUCUUGUCCCAGCUGCAGAGGACCCUGGUCUUGUCCCAGCUGCGGAGGACCCUGGUCUUGUCCCAGCUGCGGAGGACCCUGGUCUUGUCCCAGCUGCAGAGGACCCUGGUCUUGUCCCAGCUGCAGAGGACCCUGGUCUUGUCCCAGCUGCAGAGGACCCUGGUCUUGUCCCAGCUGCAGAGGACCCUGGUCUUGUCCCAGCUGCAGAGGACCCUGGUCUUGUCCCAGCUGCAGAGGACCCUGGUCUUGUCCCAGCUGCAGAGGACCCUGGUCUUGUCCCAGCUGCAGAGGACCCUGGUCUUGUCCCAGCUGCAGAGGACCCUGGUCUUGUCCCAGCUGCGGAGGACCCUGGUCUUGUCCCAGCUGCGGAGGACCCUGGUCUUGUCCCAGCUGCAGAGGACCCUGGUCUUGUCCCAGCUGCAGAGGACCCUGGUCUUGUCCCAGCUGCAGAGGACCCUGGUCUUGUCCCAGCUGCAGAGGACCCUGGUCUUGUCCCAGCUGCAGAGGACCCUGGUCUUGUCCCAGCUGCAGAGGACCCUGGUCUUGUCCCAGCUGCAGAGGACCCUGGUCUUGUCCCAGCUGCAGAGGACCCUGGUCUUGUCCCAGCUGCGGAGGACCCUGGUCUUGUCCCAGCUGCAGAGGACCCUGGUCUUGUCCCAGCUGCAGAGGACCCUGGUCUUGUCCCAGCUGCAGAGGACCCUGGUCUUGUCCCAGCUGCAGAGGACCCUGGUCUUGUCCCAGCUGCAGAGGACCCUGGUCUUGUCCCAGCUGCAGAGGACCCUGGUCUUGUCCCAGCUGCAGAGGACCCUGGUCUUGUCCCAGCUGCAGAGGACCCUGGUCUUGUCCCAGCUGCGGAGGACCCUGGUCUUGUCCCAGCUGCAGAGGACCCUGGUCUUGUCCCAGCUGCGGAGGACCCUGGUCUUGUCCCAGCUGCAGAGGACCCUGGUCUUGUCCCAGCUGCAGAGGACCCUGGUCUUGUCCCAGCUGCAGAGGACCCUGGUCUUGUCCCAGCUGCAGAGGACCCUGGUCUUGUCCCAGCUGCAGAGGACGGGCUGGGAGGCUAGGCUCGCUAAUGUACCAGAGUGGCAGGCCACCUACAGCUGUGACUCAGACUCCAUUGAGGUGACUCUGGUCCCGGUCCGGAUCUACAGAGACCCGUUCACACUGGACCCAAACAAACUGGUUCUGUGCGAGACCCGAGAGCUGGAUGGGACCGCGGCACCGGGGAACACCAGGCAGCAGUGUGUGGAGACCAUGGAGGCUGUGAAGGACCAUCAACCCUGGUUUGGGUUCGAACAGGAGUUUGUUCUGAUGACGCUGGAGGGACUGCCCUUUGGAUGGGCCUCCUCCACCCCCCCAGACACAGACAGCUCGUCUCUGGUCGGUCUGGAUACGAUCUUUGGGAGAGACGUCAGCAUCAGUCACUAUAACGCCUGUCAGUACGCAGAAGUCCGGAUCACAGGGACCGCGGCCGAGGAGGUGCCAGCACAGUGGGAGUACCAGGUGGGCCCCUGUGGAGGUGUGGAGCUGGGGGACCACACCUGGAUGUCCCGCUACAUCCUCCUCAGAGUCUGUGAGGACUUCAGACUGGUUCCCUCCUUCCACCCGAAGCCUGUGGACAGUCCAAAGUGGGCGAGCGGGGGACACAUGAACUACAGCACCAGGAGCAUGAGGGCCGAGGGAGGCCUCAGUCACAUCCUGUCCUCGGUGCAGAGUCUCUCUCGGUCUCACUCUGAACACAUGCAGAUUUACGGCAGUGAGCAGCAGAACCAGCAGCGUCUGAACGGAGUGAAACCGAACUCCGACUUCCACACCUUCACCUGGUCCAUCGCAGGCCGGAAAACCAGCAUCCGGAUCCCUGGAUUCGUGCACCAGGCGGGGAGGGGGUACCUGGAAGACCGCCGCCCCCCCUCUGACUGUGACCCCUACCUGGUCUGCUCUGCCCUGGUCCAGACCUGCAUCAGAGACCAGGACGACACCAAGGAGAGGUCUGCAGCUCUGACCAAUGGCUCUGCAAACGGGGUUAAUGAAUGA